AUGCAGGGAGAGCACAUGGAGAACGCAGGGAGAGCGCAGGGAGAGCGCAGGGAGAGCGCAGGGAGAGCGCAGGGAGAGCGCAGGGAGAGCGCAGGGAGAGCGCAGGGAGAGCGCAGGGAGAGCGCAGGGAGAGCGCAGGGAGAGCGCAGGGAGAGCGCAGGGAGAGUGCCGGGAGAGCACUAUUGGAGUGCAGUGGGACACAGAUGA